AUGGUGUUGAGCACUUCAGAUCUAAUUGGUGCCUUCUCCGACCAUGAGUCGGCAAUCAGAGCUGGGCUACGGGGGUUGGAGUGCGCUUUGAUAGGAUGUGGAGCUCAUGCGAUACAGCUCGCCAUCAAACAUGCUGUCCCACCUUUACGUCCUCCCCGCAAAGCGGCUAAGCGGCAGCAACGUGGAACAUCCUCAUCUUCGUCUUCGGACACCAGCAGCUCUUCCUCAUCUAGUGACAGAGAGGGCGGAGCCGGUGCAGCGCCUCAGGCCGCGGCAGAGCGCAAGAGGCCUGGGAGAAAGAUCGACCCUGAAGCAGCUGAACUGCGCGCAAGUCUGGAGCGUCCUUUCAAGAGGUACCGGGCUAUCGCAAAAUUUUUUGCCCACAGAGAAGAUCAAUACACUUUCUUGGAACAGGAGGCACAAGCGGCAUCCUUGCCUUUCGUUGCAUACAAAUAUGGGACUCCAACUCGAUGGUCAUCAUGCUUGCUUCAGCUCAUCUCGGUACUGCAGAACAAUCCAGCACAUGCUUUGCUAAGGUCGAAGCGGAAAGUCGACGGACCUGCAGAAUUGGACAGGAAGGAGAUCCAGGAAGCAGUCCAGUUAUGUGCUGUGCUCGAGCCGCUGCGACUGGCCACCAAACUUGUUGAAGGGGAAGAAAGAGCUCCUGCAUCUCUCUAUUUGCCUUUGUUUUUCCAAACGUCUGAAACUUUGAAGAAACGGAAGGGAAGCUUGCCUUUGCCAAAGGAGCUUCGAGAAAGGCAUGGGGCUGCAGUGCAGAUUUCCAACUUGCUCCCUCUCCCUGACAAACUUCGUGAUUUUUUGAGCAAGGACAUCCAAGCCAUUCGAGCCAAGCACCUGACAGGGACUACAGGGGACGACCUUCUAGCGGCAUCCACAUUUCUUGACAUUCGAUUCCAACAACAUGACCUGUGGAAGAGUUACUUAUCAAAAGACACUGUGCAGAAGUCGGUUGCUCACAUGGCAUUUGAAGCUUCGAGCCAGUACCCGAACUUGAUAGCUCGUCUACAGAAGCAAAGUGACGACCCCAUGAACUGGAGUUUGGCUGCUCUUGGAGAGUCGGCUGCUGGCAAAGCCAAAGCUCGAGGACGUGCAGCUCGCGGACGUGGCCGUGGACGAGGUGCGGGCAGAGCUGCAUCCGCCAAAUCACAGCCACGCACGGCUGCUGAGGUUGUUUUGCAAACAGCUGCCGCCCCGACCGGGCAACGUGUCCAAAGACGGCUUCGCGAGCAAACCUCAGCUGAAGGUUGGCUUUUCGGUUCUGCGCCAAAGGAUGGUGGAGAGACAGAACAAGCUGUCCUUGACGAUGUGCAAUCAGUGAAGAAAGCCAUUGAAGAGGAAUUGAUCGUUUACGGCCGUCUCCAAAUGCCACUGCAAUUUGAUGCUGGACCUUUGAAGUUCUGGCGCAUGCAUUCGUGCAAGCUCCCCUAUUUGGCCGCACUGGCUUUUCAAAUUCUGGGAAUUCCAGCUUCCACUUCGCAAGUUGAACGUUUGUUUAGUGCAGCGGGCCGGGCCAUUGGGCGCCGGCGUCCGAUGUUCUUAGGCAACCAGUACAACGAGAUGGGAAAACCGGAUGAGACCUCCAAGAAGAAUGCCUUUGAUCUGCUGGCGGCCACCUUGACGCGCAAGAUCGAGCAGGCCACGAAGGAGCAGCAGCAGAAGGAGGGGAUCAAGGCGAAGAAGCUGCACGACAAGGCAGACCAACGGCUGGAUGGUUUCAUGGGGAAUUGCUUCUGCCUCUGGAGAUCUUUCCGAAACGAAGGUUGGGCUGAAGACCGUCGGGAGCCCAUUUUGGAGUCGAUGAGAAUGGGGGAUUUGACCAACAAGUUGAUGGGGGAUUUGACCAAGUGCGGUCGUUUUGUCAACGGAUUGAAGAAGUCAAGCCACGGAAACGAUGAGGAAUAUUUGGCCGAAUUGACGACCACCUGUACCAAGAAGGCUGCAGACUUCAAGGAUCGUCAGAAGGUGAGGGCUGAGGACAAGUCAGAGUUGGUGGCCAUUCAAGAAGCCACCAAAGCGAUGAGCGAGGCGGCGGUCAUGAAGGGCGGUGACUCGAAGAUUGCCAGAGGCCUACGAUUCCGUAGAAGUGACUUCAAGAAGGCCUUCUCAGAACUUCGUCCACAAGACAGUGUUCCCAGGUCCAUCCAUGCAGUGGCUGCGCGAAAACUUGAAGGGCCAAUUGAAGAGCGCUUGAAGAAGCAGUCCUCUGAUUUUGAAGAAUUCAAAGAACAACAGAAGUCCUGUUUUCAGGAAUUCCAGGUCGAAGCUGUCAAGGAGGUUGCACAACUCCAGAAGGAUGUCAAUCAGUUUAAAGAGAUCGCCAAGCCCGCCCUGCUGCAAGAGGUGCCGGAUGGUGCAGGGUCCAGUCAGUUGCGAACUUGGAAAACUCGAGGUGUUCAUAAGCUUCUCCCAGAGGAGGCGUCGGCGUCCAGCUUGGUGCAACAAGCGCCCUUUGAGGAGACGACGCAUCAGUCAUGGUUGUCUCGACUCGGAAAUUCCUUCUUCAUGGCGCUCUGUGGAUUGAUCCUGAUCCCCUUCGCACUGGCAUUGAUGUGGCUGAACGAGUUGAGGAAUGCCCGACAGGAGAGCAUUUUGCAGCUGGGCACCUCAGAGGUGCAACAAAUCACCUCCAAGUCCAUGGAUCCUGACUUCAAUGGUCAGCUGGUUCUAUUGAAUGACACUGAUGCAAAAGGUCAGAGCGACCUGUCAGAUUCCCGCUUCCCCAUGGUCAGUCUCAAGGGCUUGAGGUUGCGCUCCACGGUGGAGGUCUACCAAUGGGAGGAGAAGAAGUCGGAAAAGAAGAGCAAGGAUAACUUAGGUGGCGGCGAGACUACAACCACGCAAUAUUCGUAUUCCAAGAAGUGGUCCAAAUUCCAGAUCGAUUCAGCGCAUUUCAAGCAGUCGGGACAUCGAAACAACAUUUGCAUCCCGGGUCUCAAGGCAGGUGAGCAAUCGCUGGCCAAUGAGACAGUGCGGUAUGGCGAGAGUUAUUACAUGCCGACGGACCUGGUAAAUCAGCUCUCACAGUGGACGGAUGCGUUUGACCUGAUCAAGGCACCUGUGAAAUUUGAUUCCUACACCUUUGAGAAGUCGAGCGGACAAUGGUUUUACCAUCCCAUGCGCAAUGCGCCAGAGGUUGGUGAUGUACGAGUUUGCUUUGAGUACGUCCCGGAGGGCCCUGUCUCCAUCAUGGCAUUGCAAUGCGGGGAUAAAAUCCGCGGAAACGCAGUGUCUAGUCAGGGACGCAUGCAGCAUGGAUUUGAGUUCAUUGGCCAUGCUUGCAGUGAGACUAUUGAGUCUUGA